GGUUCGGAGGAGAAGUCUCUCUUUCCCGUCCCUGCCCGGUGCUGUGCCGGUCCGGACCGUGGAGGGGCGCUGUUCAGCCGGCCCACCUUCAUCGGCGCUAGCUAGCUACGCUUCCCGGCCGCCGGAUCCCUGAGCUCGCCGACAUGCAGGACUACCUGGACGACCCGUCCGUGCUCACCAAGGACAAGCUGAAGAGCGAACUGCUGGCCCACAACGUGGAGCUUCCGAGCGGCAACGCGACCAAGGACGUGUACGUGCAGCUGUACAUCCAGAACCUGAGCGCCCAGAACAAGAAGCACGCUGCCGACGCCUUCUCCAGCGACGAGGAGACGCCGCCGCCCGUGGUCUCCGGCAAAAGAAAAACCAGCAGGAAGACGGACAAGCUUCCACCAGACGAGCUGGACGUGAGCGUGCUGACGGACGAAGGCCUGAGGGCCGAGCUUCUCAGGCACGGGGUGGAUGUGGGUCCGGUUGUGGCAACCACCCGUAAGCUGUACGAGAGAAAGCUGCAGGAUCUGCUGCACCAUGCUCCAGCACAGCCUCCGCAGCCACAGCUUGUCUCCGCUGAGGUGCAGGUCAAUCACAACAGCAGCGCCGAGGCAGACCUGUACAGUGACAAAGAGGACGAGGUGGUUCUGGAACCAGAACCAGAACCAGAACCAAAACCGCAGCCUGUGGCAGAGCCUGAAGCAGCAGCUCCUGUGGUGGAGAGACCAGCGAGGAGCCGAGGAAAGACGCCCGUCACUGGACGCACCCGCAGCAGCCAGCAGCACACGAGAGAACAGUUUAUAGCUGGAGAAGAUGAUGAGGAAGAACCUGUCCUGAAGGUGAGGCGUGGUUCCAGGAGGUUCUCUGAUAGGACGAUACUAACCAAGGUUCUGAGGCCUAUGUUGGCAGAUCAGGAGCAGUCAGUGUCUAACAUAGCUGAUCAGCUGAGUCCUGCUGAGGACCGGAGCUCACAUUGGGCUUCCAAGCCUUCAUCCCCUCUGGUUCGGCCUGUCACCAUUGACCCAUUUACCUUUAGCCCCACGUGUAACAUCUCGCCCAUUAAGAGUCAGAGGUCUCACUGGAUCAUUUCAGACCAGUCUGCCACUGAGCCCAGCAGCGUCUCUGAAGGAGGGGAGGAAUGUGGUCCUGCAGAUGUGUGGCUGCUUGGGAGGCAGCAGCAGAAGGUCAGUGGCCUGGUGUCCAAGUGCAGCGCAGUGAAGAUGCCCAGCUGUACAUCCCUGUCUGAGGAUAUGUUAGCAGGACAGGUGGAGAAGAUUGCAGCAGGUGACCAAAGUACAAAGGUGGAUGAACUGGAUGUUCUGAAAGAGCUGUUCCCUAACAACAUCAACAGUCCAACAGGACUCAGUGUCACCUGUCGCCGACCCAUCAGAGGAGCGGCUGGUCGCCCAGUGAAGUCCAGUGACUUGUGGAUGAAGGAAACCAGCUUCCUGUCACCACAGACAAGCACUAAGGCCACUGGCAGCUCGUCCUUCUACUCAGACAAACUCAGCAGAGACACUAGCCUGCCCUCCUCCUCCACAGCAGCGCCUCCUGCAGGUCAGACCAAAGCGGUACGCCACAGCUGGUCUCUGUGGGUCAAGCUCCUUCUGCUGGCUAUUGUGGCUACCUUCUUGUUUCUGGUUUAUCAGGCCAUGGAGACAAACACUAAUGCUCCAUUUGGAGAGUCAGAAGUGUCCAGCAGAGGGUAGACAGCACCUCAAACACCCACGCAGAAAGAAAGAUCUGCACGUUUUUCUUAUACCCCCACACAGAGUCAGUUUGUUUGUUGACAGCAAUGUUAAGUAAUGUUGAUGUUAUUGCCAUAUGUCAAAGAUGUUCUGGUCGAUCAGCCUCAAAGCAUCUGUCAGUGUGAGGAACAAACGUGGACUUGUAUGUUUGUGUUGUACAUUUCUUUGUUUCACACUAUGCCUUACCUUUGCUCAGACAUAUUAAGCUUUUUCUUUAACCGUCUUUGUUAAGGAGAGUUGUUGUUUGAUCUUUCUUAAAGCCUUAAAGCCAAUAUUUUCUUAAGCUUUUAGAAUAUGAUGAGUGUUACAGUGUAUUCCGUAAAAUGUGUUCACUGUUAAAACUGAAUAUUCUCUCAAUAAAGUAUUAUCUUGUUA